AUGACUGUCGAAAUUUCCUAUAUUGGUGUUGCUACAACAAUCAUUAACAUUAAUGGUGUCCGUUUCCUAACUGAUCCAUGUUUUGAUGUCCCUCAAAAAUAUGAUAUGGGAAUUGCUGUUCUAGAAAAGACGAUCGAUCCUUCUAUUAAAAUCAAUGAAUUACCUCCAAUCGAUGCAAUUUUAUUGAGUCACGAGGACCAUCCAGAUAAUUUGGAUACAAGUGGUAGAACUUUAUUGCAUGGUCGUCAUGUUUUCACUACUAUGGAUGGUGCCAAGAACCUUGCAGGUAACCCAGGUGUAUUAGGAAUGAAACCAUGGGAAAAGACAACUAUCGAACUUCAAGGUCAAAAAUUUAUUAUUACUGCAACACCUUGUGUACAUUUAGAUGGUGGUGAAGUUGUUGGCUUUGUUAUUGAAACCGAAUCCUUAGGAAAAGGUUCAAAUGGAAAGCCUAAUGUCGUUUACUUCACCGGAGAUACUAUUUAUUUACCAGAAUUGAAAAAGAUCAAAGAACAAUACAAUGUUAAAGCGGCAUUAUGCAAUGUCGGUGUAGCAACUGUACCAGCUAACGAGAACCAUCCUGAACCAUACAAGAUUACAAUGGACGGUAAGGACGCUGCUGUAUUAGCUAACGACUUAGACGCUAACUUUAUUAUCCCGCUUCAUUUUGAAGCUUGGAGUCAUUUUGCUCAAAACGAAGAUGCAUUGAAGAAGGAUUUACAAGAUUCUGGCGUUAUGGACAAAGUUAUUUGGUUGCCAAAGAAUGGUAAGUCAGUCAAUAUUUUUUAG